CUGUGUGUUUUCUCCCCUCCCCGCCUCUCCCCCGCCAGCCCCCGCGAGCAGCGGCCGCCUCUCCCUUGGCCGCCCCCGCGGGCAGCGGCCGACCUGCGCACCCAGGGGCGCCGAGCCCCCGCCAUCGCGCUGGCGGCCCCGCCCGAGCAGCUCGCGCGCGAGGCCUCCGGCUCGCUCCUGGGCCGCGCCUUCGGCGGCGCCGGCGCCGAGGUGGAGGAGGCCGCCGAGUGGACGGCGGAGGCGGAGGUGGCGCUCUGGUCCUCGCUCGUGGAGCCGACGGCCCCGAGCUCCGACGCGUCUGGCGAGGAACUCGCCGUGGCCCUGCGGCACUACCGCUCCGAGGUGCGGCGCGUGUGCGGCGCGCUGCGGGACCCAGACGUCGCCCGCGGCCUGCUGGAGCGGCUGCGGGACGGCAGCCUCAGUGCCGCGAGCAUCGCCGCGCUGCCCGCGGAGCAGCUGCUGCCGGAGGCGAAGCGCGCGCGGCUGCGCGAGCUCCGCGCCAUGCCUCCCGAGGAGAGCGGCCGGGAGAGGAAGGACCUUCCCUUCGAGGACCCCACCAUGGUCUGCGCGGAGUGCGGCAAGCAGGGCCGCGUCCGCUUCGGCUACCUCGUCAGCGUGCGGGAGGGUUACGGCAAGGCCGAGACGUGGGGCAGCAAGGACAAUGAGGAGCGCGGGGAGCGCUGCAAGGCGCAGUGUGGGGACUGCCUGGCUGAGUGGACGUACGACGUCUGAGCCGCGCGCGGAUCGUGGGGCGGCGGCCAGAAAGUCUGGCACGGGCCCGUUCCCUCUCACCCUCCCGUCACCGGAGCUAUUUCUGCUGGUCGCGUCUCCGCGCCCUGGGAUGAGGGGAA